CCCCUCCUCCCAAAACUGAUGUGGACCAUCGACCCAUGGGGGGGGACAAAGUUCACCAACAGUUAACUCCGACUCUCUGGCCAAUCUUGGCUCUAGAGGCGGGGGAUGGAGUCCGUGCAGGAUGAUACAUAUGCGCUCCAGUCGGCGCGAGGGGGAAGCCGAGGUCCGGCGGGGUCAGGGUCGGGGGGUCUGCUGCUUCUCUCCGUUCACACGAUGGUUUCCAUCAAGGCUCCGUGUCUGGCGCCGGGCUCCGGGGCGCGGGCGCUGCUCGGGGGGCUCUGCCUGGCCGUCGCCCUCUUCGCCUGCCUGCUGGUCCGACAGCUCUUCAAGCAGAGGAGACCCCCGGGCUUCCCCCCGGGGCCGUCCCCCAUCCCCGUGAUCGGCAGCAUCCUGUCGCUGGCCACCGAGCCGCACGUCUUCCUCAAGAGGCAGAGCGAAGUUCACGGACAGAUCUUCAGUCUGGACCUGGGAGGCAUCCUGACUGUGGUGCUGAACGGGUAUGACUGCGUGAGGGAGUGCCUCUACCACCAGAGCGAGGUGUUCGCCGACCGCCCGUCGCUGCCUUUGUUCAAGAAAAUGACCAAAAUGGGAGGCCUUCUCAAUUGUAAAUAUGGCAAAGGCUGGAUCGAACACCGCAAACUGGCCUGCAACUCCUUCCGUUACUUCGGCAGCGGCCGGCGGCUGUUCGAGCGCAAGAUCUCCGAGGAGUGCAUGUUCUUUGUGGACGCCAUCGACAAGCACAAGGGGAAGCCCUUCAACCCCAAGCACCUGGUGACCAACGCUGUGUCCAACAUCACCAACCUGAUCAUCUUCGGACAGCGCUUCACCUACGACGACCGCAACUUCCAGCACAUGAUCGAGCUCUUCAGUGAGAACGUGGAGUUAGCAGUGAGCGGCUGGGCCCUGCUGUACAACGCCUUCCCUUGGAUUGAGUACGUGCCCUUUGGGAAACACCAGAAGCUUUUCCGCAAUGCUGCCGAGGUGUUCGAUUUCCUGCUGCAGGCCGUCAAGGGCUUUUCACAGGGCAGGGUGCCGCACGUGCCUCGUCACUAUGUCGAUGCCUACUUGGACGAGCUGGAACAGAACGCAGCAGACCCCGGUUCCUCUUUUUCAUACGACAACCUCAUCUAUUCGGUCGGCGAGCUCAUUAUUGCCGGCACAGAGACCACCACCAACACGCUGCGCUGGGCCAUGCUGUACAUGGCCCUCUACCCCAACAUACAAGAGCGGGUGCACAGAGAGAUCGACAGCGUGCUGUGCACCGGCAGGGCCCCCACUCUGGAGGACAAACAGAAGAUGCCCUACGUGGAGGCCGUGCUGCACGAGAUCCUUCGCUUUUGCAACAUUGUCCCGCUCGGGAUCUUCCGCGCCACCUCCCAGGACGCCAAAGUCAACGGGUACACGAUUCCUAAAGGCACCAUGGUGAUCACCAACCUCUACUCAGUGCACUUUGAUGAGAAGUACUGGAGCGACCCGGGUGUUUUCCUACCGCAGAGGUUCCUGGACAGCAAUGGCAACUUUGUGAAGCGCGAGGCCUUCCUUCCAUUCUCCUUGGGGAGGCGUCAUUGCUUAGGUGAACAACUGGCCAGGAUGGAGAUGUUCCUCUUUUUCACCACGCUGUUGCAGAGGUUUCACCUGCAGUUCCCUCGGGGAAUCGUUCCCACUGUCACUCCCAAGCUGGGCAUGACCCUGCAGCCCAAGCCGUACUCCAUCUGCGCCGUCCGCAGGCAACAGAAAGUCCCGUCCUGUGGAGACACUCCCCAUCACAAGUAGGCCAAACGGGCAUUCAUUUACAGCUUUGUUGAGCCGCGCAAGGCAGAAUUUGACUUUUUUGCACAGCGAUGCGACCCGCAUGAUACAGGUGCUUAAAACAAACCGUUUCACUGGCUCGUUAUAUCCAGUUCUGGUGCAUCACAGUUUUUUUAAAAGGGCUUUCAGUGACCAAAGUGGCUCUCUACUUGAGAACGUGUGACACACACUUUAUCCAGUUACUGUCACAUUCUCUGACGGAGCAGCAUGCAUAUUUGCACAACGCCUUCUGAGCAGCAGCGGGGUCGACAAGACUGCUGCGGGGACAUCCUGGGGACACAAGUGUGCUAUCGAUUCCGAUGUCUAAAGCUCAGAGUUCCCUCUGAGCCUGGAAAAAAACGAAAUGUCUAUGAACCUUGGUGCAGCACUGAUGGGUUGGGUGUUCGUCAAUGAUUGACAGUAAGUACACCUAUGGCGGUUCAAGGCCCUGCCUUCUUGGGACAGCUUCAGGUCAGACAAAUGACACCGCCGCUUGGUACGUGUUUGGAUCGAAACAGGACUAACAGACUUUCCAAGAAAGUUCUGAACAGUGUGUUGGAGCUGGACACGGGCCAAGAUUGACGUCACCUGGACUGACUCUGACCCCUUCUCCCGGGAAAGCUCUCAGCGGAAAAUCUGUCUCUUGGAAGGCAAACGCAACCCCGCUGGAUUUCUUGAAACUGACUAUGCAACACGGAUUCCUGCUAAACGGUGCUUAUCAGUACGAACAAAGUGCUGUUUUUUUAUGUGAGGUUAACAUUUGUUUGUUCUUUUUGUGCAAUUCUGGUGGUAUUUUGUGUAUUCAUAAAGUCUUUCUUAAGAUACUGAAAA